CCCCUUUUCUUUUUUCUUUUUCCGUUUCAAAAGAUGUUUUUAUUGCGAAAAAACUAAUUUCUUAAAAUCAGUCUAUACGUGCAUAGACUGUUCUGAAACUUGUCACCGGAAGUGUCACAAACAAUAUAUAAAAAUGGAGGAGAUUCGUAGACGUAAUGAUUUGCACCUUAGCAAUCCAGUUCUCGAACAUUCUGAAAGUGAAAUCGUCGCACCAAGAGACAUAAAUGGAAAAGCUGAAAAUAAAAGAGAUGAAUCACAAAAGACAGAGAAAGAACAAUAUAAGUUGUUCAUGACGAGGCCAAACUCCAACUUAAUUUUUGACAUCCUGCAGGAACAAGCUAUGGAUCAAAGAAUUUCCAAAUCAGAUUCAAUCACAGAAGCGUCGGGAGCUGGUGUAGUAAUACCGACUCAGAAUGAUGACGUGGUGCCGGAACUUAGUGAAGAUAUUUCGAUACCAAAUGCAGAUAUUCAAUAGUGACAAGAUUUAAUUCUAAUGUGACCGAAAUGAAAAGAUAACAAAUGCAACGAAAUCGAAUGAAGCCGUCCUGGGGAUGGAUAAUUCCACCGAACCAAACCUAGAGUUAGGCCAACUACGAAAAAGUAAGCAGCACAGGUUCCAGUUUAUGCUUCAAACACCAUACAUCAUAAUUUCAUUAAAAGUAAUAUUGUAAUACACAUUUUUAUUAUACUUCAAUAAAAAUAAUUUUCAUAAUUUCAA